GGAUGAGAGCUCGCUAGUAUAGUUCCAUAAAAAUGAAAUAAUCGAUCAGAUUAUUUCCUCUUUAAAAAUGUAAUUUGUGUGGCUUUCGACAUUAUGUAAAUAGAUUACGUAAAUUAUUAGAGAAUUAACGGGACGAUUAUAUUUAACGUAAACAAAUUUAAGUAGGAAACGCACUCGAAGCCAGCUGAUGUCAAGGUUUGGGAAUCAAGUCUUCGUCGUAUCCUUGGCGACCGAUACAACAACUUGUGUUACGUAGGGGAUCAUAUGAAAAAUGUCUUGGCAAUAUUAUCAUUUUUGACUUCGGCACGAUUUGGCGAGUUUUGAAGAAGAUAAUUGAUCCACUUGCUAGGCAACAGAAGUUUCACAAUUUUAGGAGGGCAGGCGUAGCCAGGGAGAUAGAACCAUGGCAACGACAGCUCGAUUCGCAACAGGAGGAAGCAGCAGCCCCACUACACCGACUCCGGCCACGACACCUCCAACCCAGUCGCAGCCGACUCAGCUUAUUGUACUCCCUGCCAGUCUGCAUCAGUUUGCCGUAAAUUUACAGUCAAGUAAUAGUGGGGCAAUAGUAAACGGUGUUCCUGUCAUCGAUGUGUCAGCGCUAGAGCAAGCUGCCGAAUCGAGUAACGAAAGCUCUGCAACGCCGGAACCUCAAGGUGAUUCGCACGAAACGGAUCCUAUUGGCCACCCAUCUCCACAAUUUAUCACAGUUACAGUUGCCCAAGAAAGUGACACUGUGGCAUCGCAUCAAGGGUAUCAUGUGCAGUAUGUGGAACCAGAAUUGUACGCUGCUCAAGCUAACGGCGGGCAAGCACAAAUGGCGUAUCCGGUAUACACUGUAGGAGAAUCUGGCACACUGUACGCUAACCAAGGUCAAUAUUAUGCCACCAAUACUGCCACUUCCGGUAACACAACUGUUGGUUACACUUCAGGUGCCGCACACUAUUUAGUUCAGCAGGCAGUUGACGCAGACAGUCUUAUAUCUACUAGAAAUUCGCCUCAAACUACAAGUGCCGAUACCAGUUAUGAAGCUACAGCUAGUGUGCAUGCAGCGCCUUCUUCCACUCAGGUGUCUGAAGAAGUUGGAUCUUCUUUAGGUCAUGCCACUCGAGUUUCUCCUGCUACAGUUCAGUGGCUCUUAGAAAACUACGAAACUGCCGACGGCGUAUCUUUACCUCGUUCAACAUUAUAUGCGCACUAUCUACGUCACUGUGGAGAUAACAAGUUAGAACCAGUAAACGCGGCAUCUUUCGGAAAAUUGAUUCGCUCAGUUUUUCUCGGAUUAAGAACCAGAAGACUCGGAACAAGGGGCAAUUCAAAGUACCAUUAUUAUGGUAUUCGUGUUAAACCGGGGUCGUCUCUAACCGUCGUGGAGGAGAGUUCGUCUAGAAGCGUGUCCGGUUCAACGAGUAUGUCGAGCAAGGUCUCAGGAAAUGGAAACCGCAGCUUUAAAAGGAAUUCGGAUGCAGCUGAUACGUCUGUGUCUGUUAGUGUAAUUACUCAACAUUUAUCAUAUCUGGGUGAUGGUAGCAAUGCAUUACCUAAUUUUCCUAGUAUUCAUUUUACUGAAGGUCUACCGGACGAUUGUAGUCUUGAAGAUGUAGACACUUUCAAAGCCAUCUAUCGCGAACAUCUUGAGGCGUUUUUAGAGGCGAUUCUCAGUUUAGAAUUUGCAACAGUGGAAUCACUUUGGAGAGAGUUUUGGCGAUCUCAAGACAAUAAUAACGGUGAUGAGUGUGAAGAGGAAAAGUAUCUAUCAAAAUCGAAAUUGUUUGCUGUUUGUAAUAUAGAAGCCGUUCAAGUGUUUGUUCGACAAGUUGAUCUUUCGUUCUAUCAAAAUCUCAUUCAAGUACUUGUUCCAGAUGUGUUGAAACCCAUUCCAGCAACUCUAACACAGUCUAUAAGAAACUUUGCGAAAAGCUUAGAAAGUUGGCUAACAGCAGCAAUGAAUGGUGCGCCAUCCGCAAUGCUCAAUUCUAAAUUAUCAGCUGUCGCUGCGUUCGGAUCUAGUCUUAGGCGAUAUACGUCGCUGAAUCAUUUAGCACAAGCAGCUAGAGCUGUAUUGCAUAAUGGCACACAGAUAGCUCAAAUGUUAGCCGAUCUUAAUCGGGUUGAUUUUCAUAGUGUGCGCGAGCAAGCCUCUUGGGUUUGUCAAUGUGAUCACGAUAUUGUCGCGAGAUUUGAGGCGGAUUUCAAACUUACUUUGCAACAGCAAAAUUCUUUGGAGCAAUGGGCGUCGUGGCUGAAGAAUGUUGUCAGGAGUGCAUUGAAGCCGUAUGAAGGGAAGCCUAAUUUUUCUAGGGCAGCUAGGCAGUUUUUACUUAAAUGGAGUUUUUAUAGUUCAAUGGUGAUACGAGAUUUAACUUUGCGAUCGGCCGCAAGUUUUGGAUCAUUUCACCUAAUUCGGUUGCUUUACGAUGAGUACAUGUUUUAUCUGAUCGAACAUCAAGUUUCCGAGGUAACUGGUGUUGUUCCGAUUGCAGUAAUGAUAGAAGGAAUUAAACAGGAUAUGCUACGUGAUAACUUAGGAAAUUAUGGUGUGGAUCGUGAUAUCUGCAACGGAAAUACUACAUUGCAAAGCUCAAAGUUAGGUUGUAAUAGUCCCUCUGAUCACCCACCUUCAAAACGAAUGAAAAUCAGCUAGCUUGCGCAGAAUCCAAAGUACAUUAUUUUUCGUUAAUAUAUUUCACUGUUAUAUUACAUUUUUAAGUUGUUAAAUCAAUGUUAGUCAAUUAAUUAUUUAUUUGCAUAUUGGUAAGAGAUGUGGGACCAUUACAUUUUAGUAAUGUCCUUUUUGACACGUUUAUUUUUUAGUUAACUUUAAUUUACUCAAAGAGCUAAAAGUCAGGUGGAAUGUGUUUAAAUGUUCAAAACUGUGCAAUCCGUACACAUGUAAAAGUGCCAUCAAUAUCUAACCGAUAUAUUAGAUGUAUAUAUGUAAUUUUAGGUUUGAAGUUACAUAUUCUUAAAGAAUAUGUAAAUGUGAUCAUGUAGUCUUUUUCGUAGUAAAAUUGGUUGUUUUAUUUAUUUAUUGUUAAAGUAGAAUAAAAGGUUUAUUCUUGACCUACUACCAGUCGUUUCAAAAAAUAGUAUAAAAGUGAUCUGUUGUACAUUUUUGAUUCGAAAUGUAUUCAAAUUCGUGUACAUAGACGAUAGAAGAUUCUGCUCUGAAGGCAACAAUUUGUACACAAAGAAGGCUGGUUUCUAACUGGCAAAAUUGAAAUAUUCUCUAAACAAAAUUCCUCAAAGAGAAGGAUUACCAAUUCAAUAGUGAAUACAUGCAGUGUGUGGGAUAUGUGCAUAUAAAUUAGUGCUCUCUCAGAACCCAACAAAUUUAUAAGUACCCAUUUGAGAACAUUUCGACUGGAAUUAGGUUGCACUUUUUUGAGAACGUGUUGAUUUAUUUUUUUUUAGGUUUAUAUAAUAUAAUUGUCCCUUUUUCAGUAGUUAUUUUUUGGUUAUUGACUCGAGAAUAUAUAACUUCAAAUAUGUUAUGGGCAUUUACACUUAUGAGAAUAUUUUAAUAAUUUAGUUAUUUUGUUAACACCUUGAUCUUGUUUUCUGUAAAAUGAAUCUAUAACCACAAACUACAUACUAAGCAUAUAUUAAUUACGAACAGAUCUCUUUUGGAUUUCAAAAUUGCCAAUAGAAAAAGCUAUAAAACAAUUAGUUUGCUUUCAUAUCACGCACUGUUUAUAUAAUUUGUCUGCGGCUGCAUCAAUGGACCAAAAUAAAGAAGUCAUUCACUACCUUCUUUAAAUUUUGUUCUGUUUGUUGAAUAUUUUUUUGUGAGUUAUCAUAUGUCGUCAUAUCUUCAAUAUCUCGC